GUUCGUCAUAUUAAAGCUAUUAAAUCUACUUCUUUUUCUGAAACUAACUUCUUAUUGAUUAAAGAAUAUACUAAUCGAUCAAGAUCUAAAGAUGCUGAAGAUUUUAAUACUGCAAACAGCAAAAGUGAAGAAGAAACAGAAGAAACUGGUUAUUAUCACGAAGAAAGAACAAAAGUGAUAAAAGCCAAUAAAAAAGACCAAAAACAAAAAAAUGAUGACAUUCACGAAACCUUUGACGAUAAUGUGAAAGUU